AUGGAUGUUCCCAACAAAGCUUACAACAACCCUUUAAACUGUUUACGAUGCAAUUCGGCAAUGCAGGAUCCCGUUCGUCUUCCCUGUCAACACCAUUUUUGUCGGCAAUGUGUAAAUUCUUCAGAGUGUACCACUUGUUUGAGGCCGUUUAACUUGGCAGAACUUGCUACUGAUAAGGUAUUAAAUUACAUCGUUGAAAGUUCUCGUGAGGCAACAGAAACAUGCGCAAAUUGUGAUAAGAUUUCUCAACCAAUGUAUUUUUGUGAAACAUGUCAACAACCUUUAUGUGCUGAAUGUCGAGAAAUCACCCACAGGGCAAAAAUAUUUUUAUUGCACAAUAUUGUUCAAAUGGAGGAACGCGGAAGGAUAAGAAAUCGUCCAUUUUGUUCGGCACAUAAUGAACCUUUUAUUUUAUACUGCCUUGAAUCUAAGUCUUUAAUGUGCAUCGAAUGUUUCAAUUCCUCUUCUCUUGAACGACGAGGCCAUUUUUUAAAUAUUGAUGUUGCUCAUAAAAUUUGUUGUGAUAAACUGGAAAAAAGUGCUGUGAAUCUCCGUGCAUUUCAAUCAGAAUUAAGGGAACAGUGUGACUUGAGACGUCGACUUGUUGAUGAAUUGGAGAAAAAUUUUGAUUUUAUGGCGAAGGAAGUCACCAAUAAAUGCGACGAAAUUAUUUUUCGAGUAACCCAACUAAAAUCCUUUUUAUUAGACAAAUUGGAUCUCGAAAAAACUGAAAAGAAGGACAAAAUAAUUGAACAAUUAAAUAAUUUUGAAUUUUUGGAGAGUCCCUUAGCCAUCAAUCUUUUGAGUGUCUCAAUUUUUUGUUCAUACGCCUCCAAAAUUGAUUUAUUACAUUGUUAUGGAGAUCUUUCUAAACUUAUACAGCAAUUUUUAUCUUCAAAUUCUCAACAUUUACAAAAAGUUAAAUUUGAUUCAAAUUUAAAUAUUGAUUUUGCCAAAGAAUUUAAUUUAUCAAUUUGUCAGCCUUUGGGAUUUAUUCCACCCCCUACAACUGAAAAUGUUUUGAUAUCGAAUAAAUUGAUUGGGAAUUCUGGAAAAACGGCUAAAACUGACAGGCACGGGUCUAUAACCCAACCGACAUCAACUGAAAUUAAUGCUCCAACUUCAUUUGAAUUUUUGUUUGGAGCUGACUCAUUUAUUUUAUCAAAAUUGCCGUUUAAUAGAGAAUCUAAUACCUUCAAUCCUAUGAAUUCUGAAAGUGAUUCUCUCAUGGAGCAACGAUUUAUGGACCAAUUUCAAUAUAUCACUAUCCCUCUGCAAAAAUUUACCAAGGAAAUUUCGUUCAUUUCUACAAGUUUAAUGGAUUUACACAAAGAUAUUGUAAGGGUUCUUCGUCGUUGUGUUGUUAAUGGGGAAGAAUUAAUUAAUCGACUUGCAUGUUGUGAAAGUGCUUGGGAUCAAUUGGAGGCACACAAAAAGAAAGUACAAAUGAUAAUUCAACAAUCUUUAAAUCAAAUUUGGAGAAGAGAUAUUGAAAGAGUUCAAAGACAACAACAUUUGGUCAAAGAAAAAUUGGAGGAAAUGAAACAUUUACAAAAAUUGGCUCAGCAGGCACUUAAGAUUUCUCAACAUUUAAAACCUUUUGCUGUUCAAAUGGCUGGAAUAAUUUCUGUUAUAGACGUUAGACGUACAACUUUAACUGUUCUUUCACCAAUGGAACAAAUUUGUUCAGAAAUUGGACAAAUUGGUAUGGAUAGUGAAAUUAGAGUUGCUGCUAUCGAUAAGGUUUAUUUAAAGAAAAAAAUUUUUUGGGGUUUUAACCAGGCUUUGAUUCUAAUCAGAAAUGGGUUAGACGAUCAAACAUAUCACUCACUCAUUCCGAGUGGUGUGUUGACCUGGAUCAGGUCUUAUGGCAGGAAAUCUCCCUAAUUAGAGCCGUGUUAGAAAACUACACACUCAUCUCGCUGCGAGCGGGUACAACCUGGGCCGAUCAUAGGCCAUGAAGAAAACCCCCAGGCCGUUGGUUUUGCUCUGUGUUUGGCCCAAACCACAGGGACUUCAUAAGGUUAAUCAAAUGCAUUAGACCAACAAGGGAGCACAUCUUACGUUAUAGAGACCGCGCCUGGGUAUGGACCACUGAUUUAGAUUUUCUUAUAAUCAAUGCCCAAUAAGCAGGCAUAGCUCCUUACAAAGAAGAGUGUUUUAGGUGUCCGUGGGACUUCGGGAUGAAAUUUGGUAUGUAGGUAGAUCAUACCCUUUCUAUUGUCAAACUUGAAACCGUUUCCGCUGAAUGGUACCAGGGACCGAGUUAUAAGCCCCCAAAGUUUUAGGAUCCUCCACAUAUAAACAGUUUCUAUCUAUAGACUGCUGUGUUAAGCGUUGGUCCAGUGGUAGCGUUCUCGCAUUUUAGUUUUUUCCCCCAGUUUCGAAUCCUGAUUGGCGAAAUUAAUUUAUUCUACCUACCUACCAAAUUUAAUCCCGAAGUCCCACGGACACCCAAAACACUCUCCUUUGUUAGUGUUUUUUCUAGCUCAGGAUUUGACCUGGCUGCUUGGCUUUCGUGUGUCUCUAUAGACGUGAGCUCACCUGAUUUCUUAUGAAUUCCUUUAUGAGUUUUUAAAACCCGUGUCCAGACAAUCUGUCAGUUUUUAUCAAAUUUUUUAAGGAAGAAAAGUUGAGACAGCAAAAAAUUGCAAAUUCAUUGGCUACCCAAGCAUUACAAAACGAUGCUAUUUUGGCACUUAAAAAUUUGAAAGUUGUGUCUCCUUCAAGUCCAAAAUCAACAACAACAAGAGGAGGAGGAGGAUCUCGUCAAAUUGUAGAAGUUGAUAGGACCCGCUCUGAUGACUCUUCUAAAUUUUGUAAAAAUUCUCUGGGAAUAUCAUCAUCAACUUUGACUGGCAAGAGACGUCAACAAAUUUUAAGUCGGGCACAACGGAAAUCAGAAGGUGCCUCUUCUUCAGACAUACUACUAGCAACAGAAAGUAUAACUAAAGGCAAUAAUUUACCUGAAGAAAAAGUCAAAGAAAUAAAACAGACAACAGAAUUUUCUUCCGUUAAAAAUGAAGCAACGACUACGUCCGCAAAUUUGGAUGCGGACGUCUGCAAAAAUAUGUCCGCAAAUUUGGAUGCGGAUGUCCGCAAAAAUAUGUCCGCAAAUU